AUGGCGUUUGUCCGGGGUCGUUCCCCCGCUCGUAACCAGUCGGUGGGGCCCGCGUGCGUGGAGGUGAAGAACACGUUCAUCAACCUCACUUGCGAGACCCAGAUGGCCUCGCAGCGCAGUGCCUCGGCCCCGCCAGCGAGCCGCCAGACGCCCCGCGCGAGCAUGGGCGCCGUUCCGAUGAUGCCCCUCCAGGGGUUGGAGGCGGAGGCGCCGCGUCUUCCGACUGAGAAUGGCAAUGCCCGCCCGCUGCCGAUGGACCCAAAAACGCACAACAUGCUCGUCGCCGACCUCGAGUAUUGGAACCGCCGCUACCGCAGUGCACCUGCGUGGGGCUUCACGCAGAAUCCCGUCGGCACGCGCAUGAAGUGGGCCAAUUGGAGACCUGCGUCAGAGGCCGAGAUAGCGAAAUUCCGCCUGACGCACAUGAGUACGUCAGAAGAGGAAGCGACUCGCCGGUCAACGGGGAUCAGCCAGCGCGGGGCCAGCGGCGGCGUUCCCUCAGACAUCGGAAAGAUAGACGAGAUCCUCCUGGAAUUCGGCUGCGCGGGCACCGAUUACACGCCGACCGCGGUGAUGGGUCCGACCAGGCGCCGCCGCGCAGUUCAGCCGCCUGCGGACAAGGGCGAGGAGACCAACGAGGGAUAUUUCAAGGAUGUCUGCCUUGUUGAUGCCCUCAGAGCUCACCGCUACAAGGUGCCCUACGUGGCCGACGGGCCGUGCUGGGCUCAGAAGCACGGCAACCAGAUGCUCGCGCCCUUCGGCAAGUCUAUACAAAAAGUGAGCGGUGGCAUUUCGGCCGUCGAUGACACUUCCAAGUACGUUAUCUUUGAUCCUGCAAAGAGAACUGAUUUGGGCACCGUGGCGCAUUUCCAGGCUCUCAAGAAAGUGGAUGGUGAAUUACUCCUGGCGGACACGAAUAAGGCCAGCUCUUUCAAGCCCUUCACAGAGGAGGAGAAGAGCUCUACGUGGCGUUGGAAAAUCUACCAAAUCGUUGAUGCCAAUGCCGAAGAACGAGACCAAGCCUCGGAGACCACUGCGGCGCCUCCGCCACCAGGCACUGCGGCUCGGGGAGAGGAAGAAGCCGCGCGCGUUCUCCAGGAGACAGCUGCUCAGGCUGAAGCGAAGCUCCAGCGAGAGAAGGAUCCAGUAGCGGCCUCGGAGACCACUGCGGCGCCUCCGCCACCAGGCACUGCGGCUCGGGAAGAGGAAGAAGCCUCGCGUGUUCUCCGUGUACAUGAGCACCACUUCGAUAUCGCCUUUCAGGCAUGGGUAGCGUCGGGCCGCGCGGCAAGCAGCGCUGCUGCGCCGCCGCCCCCAGCGGGUCAUCGGGGGGCUGCCUUUCUCGGCACUGGCCGCGAGGCGGGCGCGGGCGACACAGAGAGCGAAGAAGACAGUAUUGGCGGAGCGGGAAGGCGCCCAACUGUCGAGCAAGAAGUGGGCACCGAUGUGAAGCGAGAGCAGCCCGAUAUCUUCCCAACGUUACUUCAAAGGCGCGCUGCACCAAUGAACUUGCUGGAGAUGGCGAGGGGCCCGCCCAUGACGAACGUCGGUCUGUCGAUGGUGCAGGCGCGCUUUCGCCAGGGAUGCAUUGAGGCGACGAGAUUCAGCCGGUUGAGUUGCCCUGGCGCUGCGCAAUGCUCGUGGUCGGACUUCGCUAUGAUCGAGGACGCGCAGUUGCCUGAGGGGUCGUACGCCGCGGUGAAGUGUCUCGACGAGGACUUCUUCCGUCUCCUGAACACAGAGCCGGCUAUGUUUGGUGAGGCGGGGGGGCACUCUGCUCUGGCUGCGGAGCGCCCCGUUGUUUUCGCCGGAGAACUAUGCCUGGGCGUCGGAAUGCAGCUGUCCGCGUGGAACAACGUGUCUGGCACGUACCAGAUCCCUUUUGAAGCGUCCUGGCAGUCGAACCUGCCGCAGGAAAUCGGUUGGAAGUUCCUGGACAAGGACGAGGUCGCCUCCCGCCCAGGCACCCAGCAGCUCCGAUUUCUCCGAGGGCCGCUCGGCAAGGACGCGACGGGCGCGUCGCGGGGAGCUCGACUGGCGCCGAUGGGGCCGAUGUGCUCCGACGCUGGGAGCCAGAGCGCUUUGCGCAACUGGUUCAGAUGCGAGAAGCCGCACGUCAAGGUGGGGAACGACCACCUGGUGACGCGCCUCGCCGCCAUCAUGAUGGGGCCGCGCUACAGAGCCCACCCAGACGGCGUCUACCAUUACCGCAAUGGAACUCAGGUCGCUCCGUGGGCGCUGGACCUGUGCAGAGCCGUUGGUAGCAUCACGGGCCGCUUCACCAGCAAGGCGUCGGCAAAAGAUCUGGUGGAUUCAUUCGGGAGCUGGUUGAAGACGCCCCGACCGACGACGACGGGGCGCAGCCCCGUUACGUUCGACGACGCCGCGGUGGUUUUCGACGCCAGGCCAGGUGUGCCUCAAAACGAGAGAGUGCAGCAGAUCCCCAAGGGGAUGGACAACAAUUGCUACUUCGGUAUCCCUGGCGACCUUGGAUGCGUCAUCCCCGAUCACAUCGUGGAUCGGCUUCGGCUGAUAAUGUGCACCUCGUAUGCGGGGGCCGAUGCAGGCCGAGAAGCGGAUCUUGCCAUGGAGUGUUUGGCAUUCAUGGGCGUCGCGAUGCCGCCUGUUCUGAUAUGGUACACAGGCACCGGGGGCAAUUCGAAAUCUGCAAGGACGAUAUUGAGGAACAACGUUUUCGGGGAUCAUGCAACCACGAUCUCGUCGGAGGCAUUCCAGGUAAAGGAAGAGUUCCGAAAACAGGGCGGCCAAGUAGCAUUUGCUAAAGUCCUCACCGUCCAGGAAUGCGCCCCUGGAGUUUCUCUUAUUGAGCACAUUCUGAAGUGUUGGAUUUCUGGGGAAAGAAUUGCGCGCCGUGCCCUGUUUGGCAGAGUUACAGAAUACUUCCGCUGGGAUAAGUGCGCGAAGUUUUGGGAGACGAACAUGGCGUGCCCUUCCCUGGCGGGCGACCCAGAGAGAUUAGACUUAUUGCGGGCAUGGCUUCGUCGCAUCAUUUGCGUCGAACUAACCGCGACUUUCUCGGCCGACCGUGCAAAGGUCAGCGUUGACGAUAGAGUCUUCCCCGAGGAUGCAGACUUAUCCGAAUUCUUGAGCAGCCCAGAAGUUAGAUUUGCAUACAUCACCAUGUACAUUAUCCCUUUGAUUAAAUCGAAAACCGUCGACGAGCUCAGGCAAAUACUGAUGAUGCCGAACGAGGAACUGCGGGCUGCCACGCGCCGGCUCGCGGCGCAAAUGGCCAACGGAGGCUUGGACGCGCCGCCUGGGUUGAUGAGCGAGCGCGCCGAAAAUCUCGCCAUUGAGGCCGCCAAGAAAGUGGUGAUAAGUGCUCACGAGGACGCCUGGCAGCGACGAUUCGUGAAGAAAUACGAAGUGAACAAAUACAUGAAGAACGUGCCGGGGGAAGAGUUGUAUGAGGCCACGGCCGACAUACCCGACUUCCGAGGCCUUGCAAGAGCCGCCGACCAUGACGAUCAGCCCGCGGGAACACUGAAAGAAUGGAUCAACUUGAUACAACUUGAGGGAGACGUGGCAUCUGGCACGAUCGCCGGUGAUUUAGACCGCAUCAACAGCGUGCUCGCCAGAUUUCGGCAGGGAGAGAGAGAUGGCGACAUGGCCGGCAUCGAUGGCAAGGGUCUGCGGCAGGACAUCGCCGACGAGUUCGAGACGCACAUGGAAUUCUGCGUAUGUGGAUGCAGGCUCUGCAAGAAGGGCGAUACGACUCACGAGGCCAUCGUCCAUGACCUCCACACCGCGACGACGACAGUGACGGUCACGCCCUGGCAGUGCAAUAGCAAGAAGUGUCGAUUGACAUACGGCCCCAACUUCGUGUGGGUCGGGGGGCGCAAGAAGAACACUGCUACUCUCGCCGACCUGGAGUGCGCCGGAGUCCUCUUCAUCUCGAGCAAGCGCGGCUUCACCAUGAGAUACGUGCGGUACUACGAGGCAAUGUUGUUCAGGAACUUCGUCUCGGCCAGGGGCGCAGACUGGGUCCAGAAGGAUGUCUUUGACGACGGCGACGGCAGCGGUUGGCAGGGGAAAGAGUUCCCUUUCGACAUGCGUAAACUUCACGGCCAUGCUAUCAUGUAUGCGCUGGCCGUGCAGGAGUUGGAACCGCUCGACAAGCAUCUUGACAUCUACGUGGAGGAGGACAUCAGCGAGAGCGCUCUGAGAACAUACGACGAUCACCUCCACCAGCGCGUCUAUCCGCCCGCCAAUUCCGCUUGCGUUACUGAGCUAGUGGGCGACGGACACGAGAAGGUGCUGGUGCGCUGCAACGGCGGCUGCGGCCUUCCAGGAGGGAAAGUGCUGAAGAGGCCUUCGGCUGCUCGCAAGUUCGCUGGGAAGGCCCUGAUGAAAAAGCCCGCUACCGCGAAGGCCCGUUCCAAGCCCAAGCCUGUCGCGAAGAGAGCCGCCGUGAUUAAGAAGCCCGCGGUGACCAAGGCUGGCACGAAGCGCAAAACCCCGAGGUCUCUACACCACAACAACGGGUGGUUUAUGCUUCUGACCACGAGCGGCCGCGUGGUGGCCGUGACCGAGCAGACUGCGCCAGAGGGCAACGAUGUGGUCAAGUCCACAAUCCUCCGUGUUCUCCCGCAGUAUCCGAAGGUCAACUGCAUCGUAUACGACAGGGCAUGCUCGGUGAUGCCUUCGGCGCUCCUGGACGAUCAGUUCAAUCAGAUUAAAUACUGGGUCGUCGACAGGCUGCACGCCCAGAAGCAUGUGCCCACCUGCGCGUGCAACCCGCUGCACAUCCAUCGCUUGAAGCUGCGUAUCAUCGGACUUAACACUCAGGUGGCAGAGCAGUGCUUCUCGGCUACUCGCGGAUCUUCAACGAGAUGUCGCCCAGCCGCCACCGCUUCUUGGUCCUGUACUUCGUUGCCAAGCACAACUCAAUGUUGUCUGCUGGCGACACUGACCACCUGGGGCACCCGGCGGCAGCCGCCAGUAAGAUUCACAAGAAACCCAGUGGGCAUUAUCCGUGCGCUUAAAGCGACGGUGUUCCUGGGCAUCGGGAGGGCGGGCAUGCGCGCCGCCAUCUGUAAAGGCCUGUCGCGAUUCUGGCGCGCGCGGAUGCACUCCGUCAUAAUCAGCCGAAAAAUCAACGCAAGUGAUGGUUCUAAGCUGCGCUUCACACCUGUCUACGUUUACGUGUGA